CUAAGGAUACUGAGUAUGAAAAAGGCUUCUGUAGUGGCUAAUGAUGGGACCAUGAUGGAAAGCAUGAGUCCCAGUUUUCCCCAAGAGCAGUUUCUAAGAGAUGUUGGGGAAAGAAUUCCUUUUAUUAAUGAGCCCUGCUAUCCUAUAACAGAGCAAAGAGUAGAAGAUGUACGACUGAUUCGAGAUCAGCACCCAACAAAAAUACCAGUAAUUAUUGAAAGGUACAAAGGGGAAAAGCAGCUUCCAGUUCUGGAUAAAACCAAGUUCCUGGUACCGGAUCAUGUUAACAUGAGUGAGCUGAUCAAGAUCAUCAGACGGCGCUUGCAGCUGAACUCGAACCAAGCUUUCUUCCUGCUGGUGAACGGACACAGCAUGGUGAGCGUCUCGACGCCCAUCUCGGAGGUGUACGAGAGCGAAAAGGAUGAGGAUGGAUUCCUUUACAUGGUCUAUGCCUCUCAGGAAACCUUUGGAGUGCACUCGGCUGUGUAAGGCUUCUAGCCUAGGAUUUUGGUUUGACCCUCACGCCCCAGGAAAACGAAAGGGAUGUCACUCUGCCCUCAGUACCAUAGUGUAGUCUUGCUUUAGCAGGUGUUCUCAUCUUGCCUUGCCUUGUUUGUGGAUAUUAAAGAGAUGAGUGCCAGUACAGACAGGCAGAUCCUGCUUUGAAAACCUGCUGUAAUAUUUAACACAGGCACACUUAAGUUUCUGGACUCUGAAUGGAACCAUACCUUGCAUAUGUAAAUAGCCAAUAAAAGGGACACUCAGCUGGCCUUUGUAAUAAAGGAAUUGGCACCUUUUCAUGUAGUGAACCCACGUGUCUCAGUGUGACAUCUUUGUGGCAAAUCCCUCUACAAUUCCUUAAAAAAAAAAAAAAAAUCCAGCUUGUCAAGGAAAGGGUUGGGUUUUUUUUUUUGUUCUACUGGAGAGCAAGGACAGGGAAUAUCCUAAACUUUUGGGUCAAGCUAUGGAAUUGCUCUGCUUCGGUGCUUGCAGUCUGUUGCAGCACAUGGUUGGGAGGGAAGUUUAUCAUCUUUCUUGGUACCGCUGCUGUAUAAGGAGGUGCCAGAUAGUUAAAUAUUCCCAUUGAACA